AUUUCCUACUCGCCUCUUACGACAUGGAAUUCUGAUUGCCUCGUGUUCAAGCUCUCUUAUCUUUCAGUUAUCGAACUUCGAUGUGUAGGCGUCGUAUGCACUGGAUUCCCGUAAGAUGCUGUGCGAUUGUUGUAUCAAGCUCCAUCGAACUCUAUCGAUGGUGGUCCAAAGUCGCCUUUCUUUCCCAACGCUUCUCCAAGUCGACGAACACGAGGCUUCCAAUCCUGGGAUCACGCGAGUUGGUGCGUGUUCUAGCGGAUCAUCCCUGGAUUGAAUCACAGUGCUUGUUUGGUUCUUCAAGCGCCAGAGUCACACAUAAAAGGCCGCGUCGUGGCCGCGAUCUCCGACCACUUUUCAAACCACUCUCACCCCACAACGCAUCUCCACCAUGCCAAGUGGUUCUCAUAAUGGCGUUUCCCCGGUACACCACCAUUCGGAAUACUAUCUGAAAGAUGGUAAUAUCACUUUUCUAGUUGGAGACACACUAUUCCGUGUACAUAGACACUUCUUCGAAGUCGAAUCGCAAUUUUUCGUGAAGGAAUUUGAAAAGGCUCCCAAGGAGGGAACUUCCGAUUCCAGCGCGUUCCGACUCGAGAAAGUUACCGUCGAGGACUUUGCCAAGUUCCUAUGGGUCUGGUAUAGUCCCUCGUACAGACGCGAAAUCAAACCGAAAGAUCACUGGCUCACCAUCCUGGAGCUCUCGACAGUAUGGCAGUUCCCAGAAAUGAAGAAGCUAGCUGUCGAUGAGCUCCAGAAAUUGGACAUUGAACCCAUCGAGAAGAUCACCACCUACGACAGAUAUCAGAUCGACAAAUCGCUUCUCUUACCUGCGUAUAAGCUCCUGUGCAAGCGGGCGGGCCGAAUGUCCAUCGUGGAGGGUGAACAGCUCAAACUGCACACUGUCCUCGGCAUACAAGAGGCUCGCGAGCGUGCGAUCAGGAGCGCAGCGGAGGGCGGGUGUCGUAGUCCGACCUCCGCUGAUGCGGAUGACGAGGAGCUGGAAAGGAUAUUGAUCGAUGUAUUCAGUCUCAAAGGUCAUAGCGCUAACCGACAGGGCACGCAGCCGUCAGGAAAACCAGACGACGUGCCAUUCAUAAACACUCCAAAGCCCCAUGGGAAUGGAGGCCCCAAUGGUACCAAGACGUCUACAUCAGGUUCGUCUCCUCAGAAUGAUAGCAAGCAGAAAGACGGCAACAAAUCGGGGAAAAAAUGAGAAACGAACCGGCGGAUGAAAAAGGUUACUCGACUGUCCGCUCGACAAAAUCCACGGAGCAGACAGUGGAGCGUGUACUUGUUUAUUUUGCCAUUCCACCAUUCAUCGAGUCAGUUACCGCAGCACUAGCCAUGUACUUUGUAGGAUACCUUAGUCUCCAGAUUCUUGAUCAGUUAUAUGCUCUGCAAUAUGCUAUCGUAGCGCCAGACUGAAGAGAAGUGUUGCAAUCGGCGUGAGUUGAACAACUCUCUGACGUAGAGUUGCAUGGGACGUGAAGAGGUUAACAAGGCUGUCAAAUAGAAAUCGCAAGUGCGGAUUAGGAAUAUAUUCAGAGGACAUCCAUAUCACGAACUGUGCAGUGAUCAGUAUUCAGAGACGCGCCGAUCCAGCACGAACAUUCAAUAAGAGCGAAAGCAGGUUAUGUAAAAGGCAAUCAAAAAUUCAAGUGCGUUUAUACAUAGUCCCAAGAAGGCACAGUAUU